CCGCUUCCUGCGCCGGGGGCUGAGAAGGGGCCGGGGGACGCCACGUGCCGCCCGGGGGACCCCGGGGUUGCAGAGGGACGGGGACGGCACGGGGACGGCACGGGGACAGCACGUGCGAGGUGACGCUGCAGAGGGACAAGGCUGGGGACGUCUGCGCUGUCCUGGCCGGACCCCAGCGAGGUGAGGGGGGUCUGGGCCUGGCAGCGCCCCGGGCGGGGGGACGCCGGCCUCGGCUGCGUCCCCUCGCAGGCAGCGAUGUCGGAGAGCGCGGCCGAGGCGCAGGGAGACGAGAGCCCCGCGGCACGCGGCGAGACGGGCACCAGCCAUGAGCUCCUGCAGCGGCUGCGGGAGCUGGAGGCAGAGAACUCGGCCUUGGCCCAGGCCAACGAGAACCAGCGGGAGACCUACGAGCGCUGCCUGGAUGAGGUCGCCAACCACGUGGUGCAGGCACUGCUCAACCAGAAGGACCUGCGUGAGGAGUGCAUCAAGCUGAAGAAGCGCGUCUUCGACCUGGAGCGCCAGAACCAGGCGCUGAGCGACCUCUUCCAGCAGAAGCUGCAGCUCUCGGCCGGAUCCCUGCCCCAGCUGCCGCUGCACCCGGUGCCGGUGUCCCUGGAUGCUCCGGGCAGCCCCCAGCUGGGCUCCACCGAACAGCCCCCCGCCUUGCUGCCCCCGGGCUGCUGUGCCCCCCCAGCAGAGGCCACCCCGGUGGGACCCUCGGGCAGCCCCGUGCUCAGCCCUGGCGCCCCCUCCCUGGACGCCCUCUCCCCCUUCUUCAAGAAGAAAGCGCAGAUCCUGGAGGUGUUGCGCAAGCUGGAGGAGACGGACCCGCUGCUGGGACCCCCCUCGGGUCCCCCCCACGCCCAGGGGCCCCCCGACUCCCCCUGCUCCCCCGAACCCCGGGCUGGGGCCGACGCACCGGGCUGGGCCCCCUCCUGCCCGCUGCGGGGCCUGGGGGCGGCUGCGGGGUGGCGGGGGGCCGAGGGCAGCCCCUGUUCGUCGCCGGAGGAGGCCGCCCCGCCGCGGGGGGCUCUGCUCAGCGCCUUGGCCGAGCGGCUGCUGCGGGGGGACGGGGGGUGCUGCCGCCUCAACGGCGAGGCUCCGGGCCCCCCCCGGCAGCGUGGCGGCGGCGGCCCCGAGCACCCCGCUUUCCUGGGGCUGUACGCCCCGUGUGAGGAGAGCCCCGAGGGCGGCUUCGCCCCGCUUUCCCCCCGCCUGGGGCUGCCUUCACCCGGGGGGGGGGCGCCCCCCUUGACCUCCCCUUCCAAGGUGCUCAAGGCGCUGAAGCUGCCGGGCCCCCCCGGGGUGCUGCGCCUCAGCCCCCAGCUCGCCCGCGCCUCCAAGAUCCCCUGCCGCAGCAGCAACCCCGAGGCCUCGCCGGUGCUCAGCCGCCGCGCGUCCCCCGACGCCCCCCCCGAGCCGGGCUCCCCCGAGCCCCCGGGUUUCCCCCUGCCUCACGCUUACGAGGCAGCCGAGCAGCCCCUGGGGCCGCUGCCGGCGGGACCCCCCGCCGCUGGGGAGCGGGCAGCCGCGUCCCCCCCGAGCCCCCGCCGUGGUGCUGGGGGCUCGGCCCCCUCCCGCCGCCCUGGCAAGAAGCCCCCCGAGCCGGGCUACCUGCCCUUCAAGGAGCGCCUGGCUGCCCUGGGCAAGCUGCGGGGCGCUGACAGCCGUGAGCCCCCCGGUCCUGGGCGGCCAGAGAGGGGCCACGGUGCUGAGCCGCGGCCCCCGGCCCGGGGGUGUUUGGGGGGGCAGCCUGACACCCUGAGCCGGCGCACGGCGCGGAGCCCCUGGCACGGUGCUACUCCUCCGGCUCCAUGGGCGAGCACGGCAAAGUGGGGGGCAAGGGGCGCCCCCCCGGUGGCAGGACCCCGCCGCGCGCCCCCCCCGCCGCCUCCCGCCAAGGCUGCCCGCAGCCCCCACGGCAGCCCCACCAAGCUGCCCACCAAGGCGGCCGGCAAAACCGGGGGGCCCCGGGGCGAGGAGCCCAAGGCGGCUCCGGCGGCGGCGGCAGCGGGGGCCGCCAAGGCAGCCGGGGGUCCCCGCAAGGCACCGCCUGGCCCCGAAGCCCUCGGCGCGGGGUCCGCGGCGGGCGCUGCCGGGCAUUCGGCCAUCGAGGAGAAGGUGAUGAAGGGCAUCGAGGAGAACGUGCUGCGGCUGCAGGGCCAGGAGCGGGCGCCGGCGGCGGAGGUCAAGGUCAAGCCGGCCGGAGGCUUGGCCAGCUGGUUCGGGCUGCGGCGCAGCAAGCUGCCGGCGCUCAGCCGCCGCGCCGAGGGCGCCCGGGGCCGGGAAUGGUCCGGGGCACCGGCACCCCUGCGGCGCGAGGUGAAGCUGGCCGCCCGCAAACUGGAGGCCGAGAGCCUCAACAUCUCCAAGCUGAUGGAGAAGGCGGAGGACCUGCGCAAGGCGCUGCAGGAGGAGCAGGCCUUCCUCCACGGGCUGGCGUUGGACAAGGGACGGCCCCGGGCCCGCGGUCCCGGUCCUGAGCGCAGCCCCGGGCAGCUCCAGGUGAUGUACCAGGAGGUGACGGCCGAGAACUUCAUGCAGCAGCUGCUCAACAGGGUGGACGGGAAGGACGUGUCCUACGAGAGCCGCCUGGAGCACAAGCGGGACCUGUGUGACUUCCAGCGGGUCUCCCCCGACGCCAAAGACCCCCGGCUCUGCCGGCCGCCCCGGAACGGGAUCGUGGGACACCUGCGGGGCUGCCAGGAGCCCCCGGACAAGGUGCCCGACGUGGGGCUGCGGGACGAGCUGCCGUCGGACGAGAGCUUGUCCGAAUCGGGGACGUCGCAGCACUUCGCAGCGUGCGGGUCGCUGACGCGGACACUGGACAGCGGCAUCGGGACCUUCCCGCCCCCGGAUUAUGGGGGGGCCCCCGCUAAAAGCGCCCCGAAGCCCCGCGGGCGCCCGGAGCCCCUGCCCGGCGCCGCGCCGGCGCGGCCGGCAGCCCUCACCAAAGUGCCGCGCAAGGCUCGCACGCUGGAGCGGGAGGUGCCCAGCGUGGAGGAGCUGCUGGUGCCCGGCAAGCACCGGAGCGUGGCCCCCUCCCGUGCCACCGCCCCCCCCAGCGCUCACAGCCACCGGGGCUGUCCCCAAGACGCCGAUGCCGAGAAGCCGCGGCGCGUCCAGCAGAGCAAGAACUGGACCUUCCCCAACGCCAAAGCCUGCGGAGCCCCCGACCCCUUCCUCUGCCCCCCCGGGGGGCUGGAGGGGCUGCACCAGCCUGCGCUGGCACCCGUGUGCAGCCCGGCUGGGCACCGUGGGGCAUCCCCGGAGGCCCCCCCGCCGCUGCCCCCCGCUCUCAGCGCCUGCAGCAGCCGCACGCCCAGCGCCUCGGACGUGGGGGACGAGGGCAGCACCGAGGCUCGGUCGCGGGACGCCGGCUGCGGCCCCCCCCGGGAUGGAGCACUCGGAGUCGCUCAGCGACUCGCUCUACGACAGCCUCUCCUCCUGCGGCAGCCAGGGCUGAGCCCCCCCCCCUCCCCCCCCAUGCCCCCCACCCCCCCCCCCUUCCACGGGUCCGUCCCUUACCACCCCCCCCCC